GAAGCCUUCUGAAGUAAUUUCUUUGGCAACGAUUGUUAGCGACAUUUUACCAAAUCUGACUUAUCUUAAUUUGCGUAAUAAGUCAAAUUCAUGUACUGAAUCCACAGAACUACGGUUUCCUGAUGAGAUUGUAAAUUGGGCAGGAUUUGAACAAGAAGUGCUAGCGUGGCAACCGGAGAUGGUCGUGCUUUGGAAAGUAUUGUCGGUCAACCAGAUUUUAUAAUAGUUAACGGCAACAUGGUAGUUCUCAUGGUUUGGGAAUGCAAAACUAAGUGGGUUUUAAAAGUACUUCCCAACGAAGAUAUUAUCGUAUUAUACGAACAAGAAAAAGAGAUUAAAGAAGGAUCAUAUGUUUGUUCUAACAAUGCUUCAAUAUUUGGUUCCAUAAAUCAAGUUUAUGGCUACAUGUGUGCUAAUAGUUUAAAGUAUGGCGUUCUGUCAACAUACGAUCAAACUUGGUUUCUUAAAAGGGAAGUAGUGAAUGUAGGGGAAGAAGAUCAUGGGCGAUUAUAUGUAUCAAAUACUAUUAUGAGUGUAUCAACAAGUCCCACGUUGCUUAAAUCUGUUGCAUACAUGAUUGAUCUCGCAUCUAAUAACCAUUAUGCACCUUUUCUUAAAAAACCUACGAUGACUGUUGAUGAUACCAAUGAAGAUGAUAAAGAUGAUGAACCUAUUUCUGAAAAAAAAGAUGACAGCGAAUUUAAGUAUAAGGGGUAUUUGCUCCCGAAAGGUCCAAAUGUUGUAACUCGAAGCCAAAGUCGCCAGGUGCUUGGAUCUUUAGACACUAACGUAGACCUAUGAUAUGGGAAUUGUUUUUAAUAUAGCAUAUUUAACAUAUUUUACAUAUUAACAGAAUUAUUGUAUUAUAUAUAUAUUUAAUAUUGAUGUAUUUGAUAAAUUUGGUUGUGACGACAAUUACUUGCUAAAUAUUGCAAAAUAUUAAAUUUU